ACACAUCUCUAUUAGAAAGUUCGCCAAAAUAACGCGUCUAGAAGUUCUCAAAUUGUUGCUCGAGCGCUGUUUUCUUAAAAUAAUUGUUAAAAUUUGUGGAAUUAAAUAUUGUGUUUUUCUUUAAAAAUUAAGCAGAAUGUCCAUUUUCGAUAAUGCUAAUUCAGAAGGUCCUGGAUUUGUGGGCAUACGGUUCUGCCAAGAAUGUAAUAACAUGUUGUAUCCAAAAGAAGAUAAAGAAAACAAAGUAUUGCUAUAUGCCUGUCGAAAUUGCGAUUACAAACAAGAAGCUGAUUCGAAUUGCAUAUACGUGAACAAAAUUAUGCACGAAAUUGACGAGCUCACUCACAUAGUACCGGACGUUAUAUCUGACCCGACUUUACCCCGUACUGAAGAUCAUGCCUGUCCAAAGUGCUCACACAGGGAAGCAGUGUUCUUCCAAGCGCAAACACGUCGCGCUGAAGAAGAAAUGAGAUUGUACUACGUUUGCACAAAUCAGAAUUGUACACAUAGAUGGACGGAAUGAGUUAUCUUUAUAGUUUUUAAAAGAUUUGCUAAGAAUAUAAAAAAAAUAAAAGGAGAUUUAAUAAUAUAUUUGCUAAUAACGCAUAAACGUUUAAUAACAUAUUUAA